CAAUAAACACACAGUUCACAGGUUGACAGUUCAUUGGUUGUUUGCAGGUUUCUACAGCCAAUAGCAUGCAAGCAGAAGCCAGGUUAGGCCGUUGUGGGUUCAUGUCGUCUGGUCGUCUGUGGUCCGCAAAGCCAAAGUUUCUGUUUCAAGAAAAGGGAAAAGUCCGUAGCUUACAACUGUUUUGCCGAAUGAUUUUCACGAUGCCUUAGAUUUAUUACCGACUCUCCUGUGUGGAGUGGACAUGGGUGUUCAUGACUAAUGGCAGCGGAUGGAGUCCAAAAAAUAUGUGAUUUUGAACUGAAGCGACUCACGAAGAAGCUACAACAAAAUCUGAGAAGCGACAUCACUCGGAUAUAUACCAGUUCAAUUUUCUGUGAUCUGGAAAUUGAGCUUGGGAAUAAAACAUUACUUGUGAACUGUUGUAUUCUGCAAGCACGAGCCAAAGCAUUUUAUUCACAGCUCUGCUCUCUUUUUAAGCUCCAUUCAAAUGGAUUCGAACUUGAUUCAAACGCGACUGAAGAAAUUAAAAGUUUGGUGAGAGAUAUCUAUGAAGAAGAUGACUUAAAAGAAGUUGAAUCCUUUGUGGUUCAAUAUCUGCAAAAUAUUGCUCUCAGCCCCGAUUUUGAUCAGUAUACAACUCCUCUUUCAUCACCUCUAAAGAUUGAUCCCGAAGGAAAUGAUUUUCCAUCAAACCGGGAAACAUAUCCAUCGUACUACUCAAUUGUCCCUUUAGAUUGGGAAAGGGAACUAGCUGAACAAGAUUUUCUUAUUGAGUCGUUCCAAUCAAUACAGCGCAAGGAAGAGUGUAAAUCCAAAGCAAAGUCUCAUAGGUCAUCCUUUAAAAAAUUAUCACUUCCAAAAAGAGAGGAAAACCGUAAAAACUUAUUGAAAUUGAAGAAAGCCAUUGAAGAAGACAUUGCACUGCUACAGGAAGAACAUUCCUUUCCUAGACAUAAGAGUGAUAAGCAGAAGCUAAAACCAAUAAAGUGCAUUUUGAAUCCUCUGAAUACUCUAGAGUUAGUUGAGACACGUAAUGAAUUCGGAUUUUUUGAUGCUGAAGAUUCUUGCAAUCCCUGUAAUGACAGUCUUAUAGAUUUUCAGAGAGGAAUGUCUGAAAAAAGCAAAAUGAGCUCAAAUGUUGAAACAGGUCCUGACUCAGGUCUUGCAACAAGUGCUGAGGAUAUCCCUCUUGACCAUGAAAGUGGUCUGGAGAUUUCCAAGUCAAUCUCAUCAUCAGUCUCGUCAGAUUGCUGUGUUUGGGACUCAAGUGCAACACCCCAUCAAAGUAGCAUGACUUCUUGGGUAGACAAAGCACCGCAUGAAGAUAAUUCCUGUGUACAAUCAGACUUUGUUGACCGUGUUCUCCAGGAGCUUGUUGGCAAAAGUCAGCAGGUGCAAGAUAAUAAUCCUGGGGAUUAUAGCAUAGAAUGUCAAGGUGUAGUGAAUACUCCAAAACAUGGAUUUUUCAUUGAUGCCUCUAGUUUGCUUGAUGAAACAGAAAUCCAUGCCCAAACUUCGGCAUCAGUUCAGGAUCCUGAUGCCUUACAGAUGCCAUCAGGAAACAUUAUUGCACCCUCUGAUGAAAUUCUCUGUGGGAUUCCAAGGUUAUUGGGUAAUGUGACUAUUGGGCCACUGAGGUCAUGUGAAAGAGCAGAGCAUUCAGUUGAAAACUCUGAGAGUAAUAGUGCUGCUGUUUCUCAACCUGAAGUAUUGCAAGAUUUUGAUUCUGAAAGUCCUGAUAACUGCUCCGAUCAAUAUGAACAAGCAAGUGAAUUAGGAAACCUGAAAGCGGGAGAUGAGAAACCACCAUCACUUAUACGAAGCAACACAUUUGAGCUGGAAACAGAGGAUGAUCGUCUUGCAAUGUUAAGGCAGGAGUAUGAAAGAAGGCAAGGAAGUCUUAUUUUUCAGAGACAUGUUUCUCACAGUUCAGGUCCUUUGUCUGAUGUGGGGUCAGACAAUGAUCUAAACCAGCACUGCACUUCAUUAAUUCUACCAGAAACUGAUCCCACAAUAGGUGCCGCAAGUAUGUCACUAUUUCCAACUCAUGUAGUUGAUGAAGAAAUACAGACUCCAGAUUCCUUAAAUAGCGAUUUGCUGGAGGCUAAUAAUCAAGACAAGCUUGAGAUUGAAAAAACUGAAGAAUGUGGGCAUGUCGCUUUGCUUGCAGGAAAUGAUACUCUUAAUCAAAACGUUUUUAAAAAGAGCACAGGGACUUUACCUUUGGACCUUGCAAAUGAAGUUUCUAGUCCUUUGUUUACGAGAAGAAAAAUAGAAGAUGCUCCAAUACUCUCUGGUGCAGCACCCCCUUUGUCACCAGGUAAGAAACAUGAGAAAAAAGCAAAAGGUCCUCUUACAGCUUCAUUUUCUUCUGCAUGGGUUGUUGAUAUAAGUGACAUCACCAAUUCACCAGAAAGCCGAAGAAGAAAAGACUCAUCUUUGGGAUCAUCUGAGCUGCAAGCCUAUGAAUCAAAGGAUGGGAAUCCUUCCUCUGACUCUAAAAGUUUAUCAUCAAGUUUAGGGUUUUUUGUUGACCUAAAUAACCCUACAACACCCUACCACGAUACUGAAUAUGGCGGCCCUCAGUCCAUUGAGAGGAAUAAAAUGUCCAGACAGUCUUCAGAAUCUGGAAAAUCUGAAAAACAGAAUGCAUGUGAAUUCUUUGUUGAUUUGAAAUCUCCAUGUAAAACUGAGAAACAUUCAUUGACAACUUCGGAAGAAAGUCAAUCAACAGAAAAAAAGUUAUUUUCUAUGUUCAUUGAUAUUGGAGAAAAUGUACGGCCCAAGACGAAGCCAGAGUUGACUUCAAGAUCAAGAACUCCCCUCUCUCCAUUUUCUACUAAGAGGAGAAAUUUAGCUCAGGGCACAGAGGUGAGAUCUGAAGAUGUCAAUGGAAAACAACAUGGUCAUGAUGCAGAGGAGAGAGGAAGCAGCAGCUUGACAUCAAUCAGUGGGGUCUCAUCUCAACAAUCUGAUUCACUCCCUGAAGCAGAACCCAAGAAGAACAGCUUUUUCAUUUUUAUUGACUCUGAACAAUCUUCAGGAAUCCAAAAAGGGUCAUUUGUACCAAGAGUUUCAGUUAAUCACACACUAUCUAAUGGAAAAGAAAAAAUUGUCCCCAGGAAGCAUGUCCGAGCUAACAGUAUUUCCUCUAUCAAAAAGUGUCCGACUACUAACACAGGCACACCCUUGGCUUUGUCAUCCUCAUCAAAGCAUGUAAGUUCACUGUCACUCCAAAAUGUUGAGAUGAGCAUUGAUACUCAUGAAAUAGCCAAGCCUAUGUUCGCAUCAUGCCAUGUAUCAUUACCACUUAAUGAAUCCAAUGGCGAAAUGUUAAGCCAAAGUCAAGAAGUAGAAAAUUCGGAUUUUUCCAGCCAGUUAACAACAGGGUCCAAUGAAUCAUCUGCCUGCUCUCUAGAAACAUAUUCAGUGCACACACCUGAACAAUCCUCUGCAACCGACGAAUUUUCAUCCGAAAGAAAAGAUUUGUGCCAGAGCUAUAGACCCUUAAAAGAAAAUAAUCACGAAGAUAAUUUAGUCCAUAACCCAAAGUGUUUUAAAGAAUUUUCAACAGUGAAUAGAGGCACACUAUCUGAAAGAACAUCUUCAAAAUCUGAGGGUGCUCUUAAGACAGAGAGUAAGAACACAAAAAGUUUUGUGCGUUUGUCAGAUUUAGACAAAGAGCCCAUCAGCUUAUCAAAGCAGAAUGAUACCUCAGCAGUGUCCCACAGAAUGAGUAGAAGCAUUCCAGAGACCUCAUGGAUUGAAAAAAAAUCUUUAAUGUCUCAUUCUACUGGGGGUGGGUCUGCUGUAAUGUCCAGUUCAAGUCGAUCCCUUUCUCGCUUGUUUCCUCAUUUGUCAAUGUGCAGUGUUAACUUCGGACUUCGCAAAACAUCAAGCAACUGUAGUCCAUUAACAGAAGACAUGGAUGCUAUGAGGUCAUCUCAAUUUUCUGACAUGAGCAGUAUGCAGAGCAGUGCUGGAUUAGAGUACAGCACUGAAUCUACUGAUAUAUCCUCUGAUCGAGGAUCUCCAUCUACACAAUUGGGUGAUGAUCUUCUAAAAAUGUUUUUGGAAGAAAUAAAUACAGAUGUUAUUGUAGAAGUUGGUGGCCGAAGAAUUAAAGCUCACAAGUGCAUUUUGAGUUCUCGCUGUCAGUACUUUGCUGCCAUAUUGAGUGGUGGAUGGGUCGAGAGUGCAGGCAAUGUUAUUUCUCUUCAAGGGUUUUCCUACACUGUAGUACAUUUUGCCCUUUGCCACAUUUACUGUGGCACGGGUACUAUUCCUGAUCAAAUAAGUAUUGUUGAACUGGCCAGUUUAGCUGAUAUGUUAUCUUUGGAAGGUCUAAAAGAUGUCAUAAUGUACACCUUAAAAGUGAAAUAUUGUCACUUUUUUCACAAGCCUUGUGCAGUCUGCUCUGUGGGAGUCCUUGAGUGUCUUCCUUUAGCUGCAGCAUAUGGGUUGGAUGAUAUUUAUCGUAAAAGUUUAAGAUGGAUUACAAAAUAUUUCGUUCGAAUUUGGCCUACCAAAACCUUUACUACAUUACCCCGAGAACUUGUUGAGAAAUGCUACCAGCAACAUGUUAUUCAUAUGACGGUAGAUAAUGUGAUGGAGACAAUAUUGUGUUGUGAUAAACUACUUUCAACUAUUCCAACUGUGCGCUGGGCUGAACCUGUAUUUGUUUUGACCUCCAGACUCAUGGAGACAUGCAUAAAAUAUAUGUCUGACAACUUCUGUUCUGUGCUAACUUCUGACUACUUCUUGGCUUUGGGAAGAGAGGUACCAUGGAAUGUUAGUCGAUUUCAAGAAAAUUUAGUGACAGCAUGUGAGAGAAUGCCUCCUGACCAAUCUUGCCGCUCAUAUUCUCAACUAUGCAGUGUUUUAAGUGUUGUUGAAAGACCUAAUCCACCUCUGGAGAUGACCUGGCAUCCUAACUUCAUUGAGCUACUUGUUCAGUUGCGUGACUUGUCAGAACGCACAUUAAUUAGACAGGCAGCUCGUGCUGCUCGUACCCCUGGUUGGGGUCAGAUGCCUACUGAAUUGCGUCGCAAGAUUCAAGAUAGUGCCUGCCUUGUGUUGACUCCAGCAGAUCAUGCAAGUUCCCGUUACAAGAGAAAUGCUAGUGAGGGGAUGAGACAGAGUAGUCAACGCAGUAGUUAUUCAAGAAACAUUGAUCUUCAUCAAGUGAAAAUGGCAAUGGUACAGCACGCCAGACGAUCCAAUAGCAAUGAACAGCAUCAUACCAUUAGCUCAGUUGUUGUUCGUAAAAAUGCUCCUUCAGAUAGAUCAAAUAUAGUUAGCCGUCGAAGUGUACCUGUGGUAAACAAUAAACCUCCAGAAAAGUCAAAUAGUGUUCCUCCACAAGGGCGACCAAAAACUUGGCCGGCUCAAGUAAAAUCUCGCUAUUUAGAAAAGCGACCAAAUCAUAGCAAGGAAUCGGUGGAAGCACAGGAACGGAAUAAGCAACUUGAUGCUCCAAUACCCCAAAGAAGAGUUCAAGGACCUGCGAAGGGUAUGCUCAUUUCAUCUUCAGACUCCUCAAGGAACUCAUCACCUGCUAUGAAAAGAUCAAGUCAUCUAUCUGGAAACAAUGAAAAAUCUACUGAUGUAACAUCAAGAGGUAGAGCUGUUACAAAUCCGUCUCACUAUCAUACUUCCCAGAGUUCAAAGGAAGAUAAAAUUUCUACAAGCGCUGAUACCUUGUCAAAGCAUGUGUUACCUCUAAAUGUCAAGAACCAAACUGAAAUCUCAAAAUCUCUUUCUGUAUCAAGAAAAACCAAAGACUCUCUAUCUGCAGAGCUAUUAUCAAAUGACGUAUGUGCUAAGCUGGAGGUUGUCAACAGCUUAACAUCAUCUACUCUUGGUACUCAGUCACAGAGCAUCUCUAUGUCAAAUGAUUCCCUUGCAACAGUGUCAUCAUGUGAUGAUGUACAACUAGUAAGCCAUCCUGAAAAGAAACAGAAAUCCAAAAGUUCCAUGACUAUGAAAAGUUCUUUGGCACAGAACAUAGCAGCAAGUCGUACCAAUGUUGUCAAGAAAUCUGAAGCAAAUUCACAGAGAAUUAUGUUAGCCAAUAAAAAGGCUUCCCCUUCAGUAGCUCUUAGAAAGUUACCUGGUGCAGCAUCUAAAACUAGUGAAAGCAAUGUGGUGGCAUCAUCAUCAUCUUUAAUGUCCAAGAGAAGCAUCUCACACAUGGCAAAUUCAAAAUCUCCUGUGCUGUCCAGCACUGGUAGUCGUUUGGCUAUACCCCUUCGUACAUCAAGAUCUGUGUCAUCAGUACCUGACAAGGGCUACACAAAGGCCAAUAGCUCAUCUGAUGGUUUGUUAUCAAGAAGAAGUAUGGGUAGAGAUCCGCCUCGUUCUGGCACCUCGGCAGUCUCGUCAAAACGUGCCAGUACUGGGAGUUCCGUUCUUUCGAGUUCGUCUUUAGCAGGCAGAGCAUCAACAUUUAAGGGGAAUAAAUCAUUUCCCUGUGAAAGCAAAAAUAGCAACUUUAAGAAUAAUGUCAAAGUAAAUGGUGAUAAUUGUGCUGUCAGUAGUGUACAUCCCACAGUCGGUCCACGGUCAGGGACCUUCCUGAAAGAUGAACCAUCUAUGUUGAAAACCCCAGUCCCAGUGAUAGAAAAUAAUUAAGAAUGAAAAAAGUGAUUUACUGCAUAUUUGACGUUUGUUUCCAUUACAACUUUGAUUACAUUUAGUUAAAUUGAGUACCUAGUUUUAUACUUCAUGGAUCAAGGUGUUUUUUUGUGUUUUUUUUACUGUUUGAUUAUAGCUACCUCUAGUCAUUGUUCCCCUCAAGGUAUUAACUUUAUGUAUAGCAGUUUAAUUACCUUUAAAAUGUGCAGCUUGACCUUCCUGUAAGAUCUGUAACUAUCAUAGUUUCAGAAUUGGGGGCUAAUUAUCAAUCUUAUUCAUUAAUUCAACCACUUGCACUAAUUCCACUUAAUUGUUGGACAUAUGUGCCAACAAAAGAAUCCUAUUUAUCGUACAAAAAUGUUGAGAGUUUACUGGGUAGGUUUUUUUUUCUACUCCAUCGUUAUCCCUCCAAAGAACGUUGAUUUAAAAAAAUUAAGUUCCAAUCUUUGCAUUAUCUAACUAGGUAAUUAGGGCAUAAAUUGCUUAGAAGAAAUACCUAAGGUGUUUGUGCUCACAAAUUAUUCCUUUAAGUUUUCUAAUGAUUUAUUGUUUUAUCCAUUAUUUUGAUUUAAAUUUUGUCUCAGAUUGAACUGCUUUAAUCUGUUGGCACAAAGUUGUUGAGCAGUAGAAGGAGCUUCCUUACAGUUCUGCUGGGCAGUCAGCUGAACUAUCAUGGAUUGUAAGUUUCUUCCUGAAACAGGUCCCACAGCUGUCCCCAUAAUUAUUGAUGUUCCACUUAACAAUGCUUGAAAUUGUCCCAUUGCACAUGUAUUGGGUACAGUGCUUCUCUGUCUCUGUAAAUACUGGAUUUUCACUGUUACUAUUGAAUAAUUUGUAAGUGCUUAUAUUCUUGUUUCUAGUCAUGUUCCAAAAAAUUUCAUUCCUUGUUCAUUUAAGUUUAAUGUUAAGCAUUUCAUCACAUGUACUGUGAAAAAAGAGUGAGAGUUGAAUACCUUGAUAUUAUUGGUACUAAUUAUUUGCAUUAGCCCUGUGAUAAAGGGGACUUUUAGUCUUUUUCAUUUGUGCUCAUCUAGGUGUUCUAGAUACUUACAAAAUAGCUUUCCAUUGAGUAGUCUGUCAAAAUACCUUCAAAUUUGCAGUUUUACGCCUAUCAUGCUUGUCUCUACCACUGAUUUAAUCAUUUUUGUUGUUUCAAGUUAUCAGAAAAGUCAAGAAGUCUCCUUAUUUGUGUGUAAAUUGAUGAAAGUAUUUGUGCAAUAUUAUGUCUAGUUUCCAUUCCUUUACUGUUUAAAAAUAAAUUUUACUCAAAUUCCUCUUUUUGAAAGGAAAAUUUACCUGUUUAUUUGUGGGUCUUUUUCAUUCGCCAUUGUGAUUUCAAUCUACUAGUUCUUGCUUGAAUUCACUUUGUUGUUUGCUUGUUUUUUUUUUCUCUUUACUUGGGCGUUGUCAAUGUCGAUACUUAUUGAUAAAUGUGUGUUACAUUACAUUCCAAUACAAAUUACAGUCCCCUGUUUUUAAUAAGCUGUGCCUUGAGAUUAGCUUCUAUCUAUCUAAAUUGACACUUCAAUUGAAGAGAGCAUAAAAACAUUCCAAGGUUCAUUACUGUUUGAUGAAAACUAAAGGUACAAAGUGUAGAUUGUAUGUCUGCUGAUGUGAGGGCCAAACAUAGUUUGGUCUGUUAUUAUUUAGAUUAAAUGCUGCUGUGCAUACUUAAAAAAUAUACCUGUAUAAAAAUAUUCUACCUGUAGCCUUUGAGACAGACACGCAAACAUUAUGUGUGUUCGAAUAUAUUUUUGUUUCUCAGGAAAUCUUUCAAUUGAAAAUGGCGAAUAUUAACUGUUUAUUAACAGUCUCUUAAGUUUACAACAGCUCUGAAAGAUUCCAUACAAAUUUCUUGAGUUUAAAAUAUGUGUGAUAUACAGCUUUUGCUAACAAUGUUCUUUUUGUUAUUCUUUUUUCAUAAUAAAACCAAAGAAUUUUGAUAUGUUGAUUUAUGAACAUUCAUCUUUUGCUGUAGUAUUUACCAUAGCUAGUUCUUUUGUUUGCAGUCUAUGGCAGGUGGUGGUGUGUACUGCGAUGGGUUAAUGUCGCUUUGUAUCAAAGUCAAAAAUGUCUAUUUUUUAUGUACCAUCUUAAGCGGCACAGUUUGCUCCAAAUGUCUGAAGGCAUAAAUAUAAUUUUUCUUUUAUUUGUGACACAUUUGUUAUUGUAUUAGCUUAAGAAACACUUCUGUGUCCAACAUAAAUAUGAAAUAUGCUUGUGGGCUUAUCAAUAAAUAUUCAGCAGAUAAUAAUGUGGAAUUAAAA